CACAAAGUUAACAAAAACAUGGACGUUGCAGAGUGAAUCAAACAAAUGGAGGCUGUUAAACCCAGAAAGAAGCACAGAAAGAAGAAUAAAACUCCUGCUACAGAGUCUGUAAAAACCGAGGAGGAUAGCAUAAACGUUCAAGGGACUGCUUUAGAGAGUGAGGCAAGAGAAGAACAGGUUGAUGAAGAACAAGACGUUGCUGCUUCAAAUGCAGCGGAAAAACAGGAAGAAGAUAAUAAGAAUGUGGACGUAACUGAAGUAAAGGAAUCUGGACCAGACUCUGCAGACGCCAAUGAGAGAACAGUAAUAGAUAAAGAGAUCUCAAAAGAACAAUGCAUUGAAUCUAAGGAUAUUGAAAUAACUAGUAAUACUGAAGGAAAUGAAUUAACUACACAAACAAAAGAUAUUACUUCUGAAUUUCAAAGUUCUACAACAGAUAUUAAUAAUUUGAAUGAAGAAUUGCCAAGCAAUGAGACAAAAAAUACUGAACUGGGUAAUGAAUGGGAAGUACUACCUGCUACUGUAAGACAGGAUGGGAAUGAAGAAAUAGAAAGCAAUGAAAUUGCAGUUCCAAAAACUGAGGAUAAGGCUGAGUCAAAAAAUGUAGAAGAUAUUUGCAAAGAAGAAUUUGUAGCAGCAGAAGGACCAACUCCUAAAGAAAGGAUAAGAGUUGAAAAUAAGACUGUAGAUGCAGUGAAAAAUUUGGAAAAAGAAAAAGAACAGGAAAAAAGAGAACAAGAGAGAAUUAGAGAAACGAAGAGUAUUUAUCCAAAGCUAGAAUCGGCUUCUUCCAAAGAAAAAUUUAAGGAAUCUAUCAAAGAAAGAAUUUUGCUUGAGCCAUUUACAGAAGAUGAACUCAAGAUUUUCUAUUUCAAUCCAUUGUUGGAGCAGCUACAUGGUUUUACUGACCGAUUCCUUGUCAUAGCAAAGCAAGAUAAACAUGAAUUCUAUGAGUUAGUAAACACGUACUACAGGAGUAGAAAUGCUGUUUCAUUAGCAGUGGAAGAGUUUAAGAUAGUAGAGAAGGAGUGUGAUGGCAAGAAAGAACAUCUAUGGAUUAGUAAAGAUUUAACUGUCUCUGCACAAGGUAAAUGCCGAGAUAAUGUUACUGUGACAUGUACAGAGCAUUACCAACAGGUUGAAGUGAAUAGUGGUGUGCUGUCUGAAAUGACCAACCUACUUAAAACAUUACAAAAGGCACUUCACGAGACUCUCUGUCUCCAGAUGUACACUUGUCAAACAGCGCGCCUAAGAGUCAACAUGUACAUCUAUGAGAUGAUCAGUAAUUCACACAUCCUGAGUAAAGUAUUCUCUGAGGCUCAUGUUGGAGGUCAAUCACCACAAGAGAUCACUUCAGAGUUCCAGGCAGAUGUGCAGCGCCUGAGGGACUGUAUUAGUGUACUGUUUAUGUUCGUCAGGCAGCCAUUGCAGGACCAGGAAUUUGCUGAUAAUCUAUAUUCAUGGAUGGAACACUUGGUCUCAAUACUACUGAGAGUGGCUUCCCUCGCAGACCUGGUCUUUCUUGUCAAUCAUGUUAUGCGCUGCCCACCAGGGUUCGCCCGUAAGGUGGCUAGUUUUAUACAGUUCCCAGUACCUCGUUACCAUGGUGACACAAAUGUUGUUGGUGAACAAUACUUCUGGGAUAACCCUCUUGUUCAUCACUUUGUUGCAAUGUUAGCAGCGAUACUUCUGCCAGUCAGGGGUCGCGAAGAAUUCCUUCAGAGAAUGAUGACCAGAAGUAAUGGAACAAUGAGAAGUAUUAGCUGGACCCUGAUAGACGAGGAUGGUGAAGAGGAUGAGAAUCCAGAGAACAGUUGGAUGUUAUUCCAGGAAGGCGACCUCGUUGAAGUUUUUGGACAGUUUCCUUUUGAUUCUUUCUUUAAACAUUUGUUUAAAAUGGAUCCUUAUUUGGAUGGGGAGUACGUGUCAGAAGGGUCAUACUGCAUAGAGAAGACUUCAAGUCGUGAUAUUAUGAGGAUGUUAGCGUUUGCGUCCUGCAUUGUGAAUAUCAUGGGAGCUACUUUUGGUACCUACCAAAAUGUACGAUAUAGAGGAUUUGUCAAAAGGGUUGGCAGGACUAUCAGACAAAUUGUUCAGUAUGUGCUAGAUCACUGGUCCAACUAUCGUAGCUGGAGGGUUGACAUGCACCAGGAUACCUAUACUACUAUCCCUGAUAUGUACUCACUGGAAGAACAGUUCUCACUGCAGAGACUGCAAACUGAAGUGGAUCAGUUUUUCAUGAAGGCAACACAACAGAUCAUAUGUGCACACAAUCUUGGAGCUUGGCAGUUCCUUGCUGGUAUGCCCUUCAAAAGUGUGUCAUCGCCAACACUUUGGUCAUUAUUCUGGGCACUGCACACGGAUCUGAAGCAAAUGAUACCAGUACUGGCAAGGAAUGGUCCACAAGACACAGGAGAGUAUGAUUGGCGAACAAGAUUACAAGAAUUGCGUAGUGAGUUUACAGAUCAACUAUCUCACAUGUCACAGUCAGAGGCAGUUUUUCUAUUGACGACAUUUACUAACAUGGCAACAUCCAGGGAAUCUCACGAGAAGGACUUUAUUGAGGCUGUUACACUAGAAGUCUUUGAGGUCUCUUUUAUCUCAGAUCAAACCCGAGAAUUUUGUUCCAAAACAGGGCGAGACCUGCUGGGAACUAUAGCUGGUUUUCAUCCAUUUAUUUUCACUGUGCUCCUACAGAGAGUUGGAGAAUCCAUAGAAACAAUUGGCAAG